UCUCGACUCUCGUAUUUAGAAAGAAAAUAACGGUGGAAAAGCGGGAUAGGAAAAGUUUGCUUCCGCUUUGUAGGCGAUCUGCGCAUGUCUGGUAGACAGCGACGCUCUUCGAGUUGAGGAGUGUUAUUCGUUCGUUCUGGAGUGGGCUACAAACCGAUUUCCUGGAUAAUAUUACCAGCUACUACAGAUACAAGGAUCUGAUGGACUUAGAGUAUUCAGGUGUCUGACUUUCUCACCAUGGAAGGCUUGUGGGUGUUGUGUUUGGUGGCGACAUGGCUUAACACUGUUACAGGACAGCAAGUGAUCACGGUGCAGAACAUCAGAUUGGCUGGAGGGCCCAAUGCCAACUCCGGCAGGGUGGAGGUCCUGAUCGAUGGGACCUGGGGGACCGUCUGUGAUGAUCAGUGGGAUGACCUGGAUGCGGCUGUUGUGUGCAAGAUGCUUAAUUACAGGAACGGUGGUCAGGCGUUCCCACUGGCCAGGUAUGGACAGGGCGUUGGCCCCAUCCAUCUUGACGACGUCCAAUGUGACGGUGACGAGGAGCGGAUAGACCGGUGCAGGAUGACCACCAUCAGCAACUGCCUCCACAGUGAGGACGCCAGUGUCAUAUGUGACCCCAGUGGACCCGUCGUCGCCUCACCAACACCAGCAACGACGGAUCAACCACGGACAGUGGGCCCAGUGCCUGACAACUGUGUACCUGGAAGUGCUACAACCCGGCGGGUAAGACUCGUUGCCGCCGACAAUUUGCCGGGACGCGGUAUGGUCGAGGUGUUCAACGGUACAUACUGGGGCUCCGUCUGUGACGAUUUCUUCGACGAGAACGCAGCCAAAAUUGUCUGUGGGACCCUAUGCUUCAACACCACAUAUGCCCGUGCUGGAGCACCACCGGAAGCAAUAGGCCCGCCUCGUUCUGAAAUAGUACUGGAUGAUGUCCGAUGUGUCGGAAACGAGGCUCAGAUUCAAAACUGCGCAAACAAUGGUUGGGGAAAUCACAAUUGUGCACCCACGGAAAUCGCAUCGGUCACUUGCGUGAAUCUCCGCUUCAGACCUCCCGCUGAUCCGGUGCCGGUGCUGGAUUGUCGGGAUGGGUACCUGAUUGCCGCCUUCAGCAGUAUCCUGGACCCCAACCUGGAGGAGAAACAUCUGACCAUCCUUAACAGCACCUGUGUCCCUCUCAGGUCACAUGACAACAGCACCGUCGUCAUCAGAAUCCCCUUCGCUGGCUGUGGGACCAAUGUCACGUACAACGCCACCCACAUUUUCUACAACAACGUCAUCAAGUACGACUACACCGUUCUUGAAGGCCAAAUCAGCAGGGUCAACACCUUCCUUGUCAGGGUUACAUGCCAGAUGCCACGUGAGGCUGCGGUCACGCGACCUCUUGACCCUCAGACGCAGGUGGUCACUCAGAAAUCAACUGGACAGUUCAUUGUGACCAUGUCGUUCUACAGGAACAACACCUUUUCCAACCCCGAUCCCCAAGUUCCCCUACGACUGCCGCUGGGGGAGUGGAUCAACGUGGGCCUGCAGCUGGAGAACGUGCACGACCGGCUCAAGUUGAUUGUACCCGACUGUGUGGCCACCCCGAAUAAUGAUAUCAACAACCCUAUUAGAUACCCGCUGUUCAGAAACAGCUGUCGAGACGAACCAACACUGGCUUUCUUUAACCUGAAUCAGACGCGUUUUGGCUACCGGUACCAGCCGUUCGCGUUUGUUGGAUACGAGGAGGUGUUUCUGCACUGUGGUGCGUUCGUGUGCGUCCUUGAUGACCUGUCGGCCGAAUGCGACCGCAGCUGCAACAACGCCAAGGGUAACACCACGACUGGCCGCAGGAAGCGUGAUGCAAUGCCCAGGGAGAAAAUCUACAUUCACAGUGGCCCAAUGAUCGUGUACAAGUUAGAAAACUCCAUGACUGUACUGGAGAGGAUUGGAGAACCUCAAACAGUGUCCAGAACGUUCACAUUCCCUAUGUCGACAUCACCUCCACCACCAUCGCCUACGUCGACACCUUCCCCGCACGUUCAGGGCCGCGUUGGGACGUCGGUCAAGGUCAUCCACCACGAAACAACGACGAUGAAAAUUGACGACUUUGGCGGUAGUGGUGACGUUCCUGAUCAAGCAUCAAAGUCAACAAAAGUCCUGGAAGACGUCACAACUACAACAAAAGCUACAACUACAGCUGAUGCUACGACAACGCCUGCUGCUGAGACCACAAGACGUAAUAUCGAUACUACAACAAAGGAAUAUGUUACAACAAAAGACUACGAAACAACAUCGCGUCUUAAUGACGCAACAACACUGCGUCAAGAUGGCGCUGAAACAAAGACCGAACGACAAACGAGCACGGAGACGACACCUUCAAUGGUGGAUGCUUCCAAUGGUGUCGGGUUCCUCGUGGAAAGGGGAGUUAACUCUGACAACCCUCAAACGGCACAACAACAAGCCAACGCACUACAGGGCUACGUUCCAUCCUUUAUAUCAGCCAGUGUAAGAAGUGACGUCAGUUUAAUUUCAAUAUUCCUUUGUUUAUCUGCAUCUAUAGCUCUCAGAGUCUGUUCAUGAAGUCCAUACAUUAAACACAUACACACCACUCGUUUCCAUGACCACAAAUUUGCUCAUGUAUUUUCUUAUAUGAUUUUUUAAAAGUUGUAAUAACAGAUACAUGUCAGUGACAGUGCUUGUUGUGCUCAAAAUUGAAUUUGUGUUGCCUUCGUGUAGGCCCGCGAGUAAACGAACUUCCCAAGUGUGUGAUAUGUUGAAGCGGCCGUACAAGUAUAGUGUCCCUGUUUUACCGAUGUUCUUCAGAUAUAAGCCGGACGUAUGCACAAUUUAUUUAAUGUAUUGCUGUGCAGAGUUCAUUAUGGGUGUCAAAUACCUAUGUUCGUUGGAAGCGAUCCCUAAUUCGCCUUUUAUGACCUUCCUACCAAAUGAAGCUGACACACCGUGAUAUAAUUAAAAUAGUGUUAAAGUGGCCUUAAACCAAACCCAUUUACACACUCACGGACAAUAACGUACCUCUGCGCAGACUGGGCCCCACUUUGGGGUUUUACGGUAGUUUGAUUUUGUGACCCGUCCAUUAACGUAUGACAUGUUGCACAGAGGGAUUAUCAAUCGACUUUCUGUACGGAUUUAAUACCUACGUGAAAUACAGAUGAUAGUUUUGUGUUGGCCAGAAACAAACACGUCCACUGCAGCCUGGCUCACAAACAACGGGGCUGUCAUAAUGAAUUCUGAAACAUACUAGUAUAUAUGUUUGAUUCACGUCAAGUGUCUUAAUGCUCUGACUAUUUAUGGAGACUAUGUUGAUUUUGUAACUACUGUAUAUAUAUAUACACAACAUCCUCACGCAUACCCCCAGAUUUGCCUUGUUCUCAUAACAUCCCGUAGCCAUAUAACUGGAGUAGAAGUAUCAAAGCCAUGUUGCUGUCUUGCUCCUGGAACCCCGUUUAUCCAGACAGCCUCUGUUGAACUCAACCAGGAGCAGCAGUAUCAAAGCCCUGUUGCUGUCCUGGAGCCCCGUUUAUCCAGACAGCCUCUGUUGAACACAACCAGGAGCAGCAGUAUCAAAGACCGUUGCUGUCCUGGAGCCCAGUUUAUCCAGACAGCCUCUGUUGAACUCAACCAGGAGCAGCAGUAUCAAAGCCAUGUUGCUGUACUGCUCUGGAACCCCGUUUAUCCGGACAGUCUCUGUUGAACUCAACCAGGUCAUGUUUCGAAUCAGUGGUUUUUGUUCACCUACGUAAUAAGGUUUUCGAAUAAAAUUGCCCUGAAUUAUGUGUUUCCGGAUUCACGGGGUUUCACUGUAUAGAUAUUCUAUAUGUGAAAGGGUUCGUCAUUCCGUCCAAAUUGUCAACUGACGGCCAGUAUCAAAAUACUUGACAAGAUUAACUUAUAUUUAUUCCAUAUUUUUCAAUUAUAUCAUUUACAGCUGUCUGUACCUGUUAGUACACCAGCACUACUAUAUCAGAUGUCUCUGUGCUGCUGUUGUCGACUUUACCAAUAUCAUUAUUAAUCAUACUUGAUAUAGGCAAAAUGCCGGAAUUAUUUUUUCAAGGAUUGAUUUUCAAGUCAAAGUUUAUAUAACUACGGUGAAUUACGUCAUGUGUGUAGCAGGACGUAGUCCUGAGGUCUGUUAAACAUAGAGAUGUAGUCGGGAUGUCGCGAAUGACCUCCGUAAGCCGUCUUCGUUGCUGUGAUUGAUUUGUACAAUUUGAUUAGCGUGCCAGGAAAUGUGUUUUUAAGUACUCGGUUUACGGAAAUCAUAUUUUAAGUGGUUUUCUUCACGAAAAUUCAGCUAACGUACUAAAGCAACUGUUUUCAUUUUUUUAAGAUUUCACAUCCUGAUUUUUAAUUGUUUCUUUUAUUGUUUUAGAAUAGAAUUCCGUAAACCCAGUAAUGUAAUAAAGUAGUCCCUGAUCGUGGCAUUAUAGUUGUAUUCCCUGUAACAAGCCUCAACAAGUCAAUGCUUGGUUCGUUUUGUCUAACUAGUAGUUUGUUUGUCGUUAAUUUAACGACCCGUUGAAUUUGCUACACUUCUCGAACCUUUUCCCCUUUGGUCAUCUACGAACAAAUGGCGUGUUAUUAUCACCGUGAUAUGUUUAUGAUGGUCACCACAUCUACAUGAGCAGCGAAUUAUGUGACGUAGGAAUUUGCGUAGUACUACGCAUUUCAGGAAGUACUGCAACAUAGAAUUGUGGGAUGUGGCAACUAUCGUGCUAGCCUCUAACCCAGUGGUUAUCCAGCGGUCCUGCUACUGAUAUUUAACAACGGUAAACUAACGAGUCGUUAAGGGUCUAACGGGUGUUUAAACUUGUCAAUAGACUUGGUUCUUAGGGUGUAGUAAGGAUGAGAUUUUUAUGCAGUUAUAUUGGCGUUUGUCAUAGGAAAUACGACUUGUUGCCAUGACAGCAUUGCGCUUUGUAUAUUUAAGCAUACUGUGAUACGUUUUUGGGUGUUUUUUUAUAUGUGCCUUUGGUCAAGUGAUUAUUUUUAUUGUAUUUUUAUCUUGAUUUGGUAGUACGAUAAACAUGUAGUUUUGGUUUGGAAGUAGUCGUUAGCUAACAAUACAAUGAUUCUUCAUGUUAAGCAGUAAUUCAGUAAGUAUUAUAUACCUAUUGUAUAAGUGUUCUGUAACUAUUGUAUAAGUUUGACUUUAUCCAGGGACUGACCAUUAAAUGUAAUAUUUGGUGCGUGCAUUAUUCUUUCACAGAUUUUUGCCUCAGAAAAUACAGGUAAACAAAACGAUUGUCAAAUGUUUUACAGAAACUUGUUUAGCUCUCCUUUUAAGAAUGACAGAAGCGUCGGUCACCCAGCUCUCAGAAUAUAACAUGGUCGAUCCCUGGUGUGUUUCAGUAGUAAACAUACAUCUCAGGUUUUAAUGGUCAUUUUGUAGCAUAUUGACUUACAAAUUUUAAACUAAAGAUUAUUGUUUGUAAAUAUCUGUAAUUGAAUCUGUCAGUAUAAUGUUAUUUAAAUGUAUACUUACAAAUGUUGAAUAAACCGUUUACACAUAGA